ACUUCCAUCGUUUUUUUUCGCCCUGUCCUGUUCAGUGUUUCUGCUAGCUUAACUGUUUAUGCUGGCUCGUCUAAACUACUGUGCGUUUGGUUUUUGACUUUAAGUUUAUCUGGCACGUUUCUCGGGACUUCCGGCCUGGAGUUUUCGUCGUUUAUGACCGUUUAAGUGACGAAGAUGUGGCCUUCAGAGACGCUAAUCGUGUGGCUCGGCUGUUUGUGUGUCCUCCUAGCUGCCGUGUCUCCUUCAGUACAUGCGGAUACUACAGUCUAUGGAAAAGUGGGAGGAGAAGCUGUCCUAACACCACCUGAUGGUUCUGUGUCUGGCCCCAUCACACAAAUCUCAUGGAAAGAAGGUUCUAACAAAGCCAUGGAGUGGGAGACAGGUGAAAUGAAUGCAACAGGCUAUCGUCAGUUUGAUGAUCGUAGCCACCUGGACACUUCCACUGGUGUGAUGACGAUCAGCGGACUGUUAUAUGAGGACAGCAACAGCUACACACCCGAGAUCAACAACAGGCGACUCUCUCCAGUUCGCCUCGUCGUCCUCUCUCCCGUCCCUGCACCCAGUGUUAACAAAUCCUGUGAUGAGAGCAAAUGUGACUUGAUCUGUGAAGGAAACACAGCCAGAGCCACUCCAGUCAACUACACGUGGAAGUCAGAUGAUCCUCGGAUGCAUGUUUCAUCUGGGAGACAAUAUACUGUUUAUAAGUCCCAGAUAAACAGUUUAAGCAGUUAUGAGGUCAGCUGUGAGAUACAAAACCCAAUCAGCAAGGAGAGAAGUGAACCGAUCACCAUCUCUUCAGACUCAUUCUCUUCAUCUGGAGGAGGUCCAAACAUUUCCAUGGGAGUUACAGUGCUUGUGGUGUUUUCUACAGUGACUGGGAUAAUGACUUAUUCCUUUUAGAUUUUGUAUCACAAACAAAAUAAGAGAAUUACAUUUGAAAAUACUAGAUAACAUUGUGACAAAGUGGGUGAGAACACCGUUUGUCUAUAUUCUUGGUUAACAUUCUUGUUUUGAUUUAACCAUAUUUCACAUGUAAUCUGCAAUAGAAUAAAGCUUUGAUUGAUUGAUUGAUUGAU